AUGUCAUCGUCUUCCUCGUCGGCGAAUUUUAACCAGAUUCGCUUGAGAAGGAUAAGUUUAAACACAGACAGCUUUCCUAGCCAACCACAGAAAAUCGGUCGCCAUCUAAGACGACUGCGAGAGCCAACGUACCGACGAAAAUUCUCCGAUUGGAGUUCUCCACACAGCAAAUUUGCCGGAAUUAAAGCCUCCUCACCGGGCCGUAAUGGCUCUUCUCAUUCAAUCACAGACUCAACAAGCAGCCUCGGAGGAGACGCGGAUGACUUCGAUCUCACCGAUGUGCACUCCAGCUGUCUCGCCCUCAACCACGCGCCCAACCGCCGCACCUCCUUCCUCUACCGCGCUGACUCCAGCGAGGAGGCAUCGCCCUACACCUCGCGCCGACCCUCCGUGUCCUGCGGCGAAGUGAUGAACUUGUGA